AUGGAACCUUCUCUGCUUUGCGCCAACUCGCCCAGCACCGUCAAUAUGCCUUCCAGCGACCAACUCCUCGAAGGCGCUGCGAAAGAUGGGUCUAUGGACAUUGCCGAAUGGCCUCGCGUGCUCGAAGACCUACUGAAACGACUUCACGAUAUCGUCCACGAUGAAUUCCCGAUACCGAUCAUGCCAGCGGUGCCGCCGCUCUCGACCUUCCUGGUUCCCUACGUGAUCGCCUCGACUCCACCACGGCUUCCCAACGCCCCGUCAGAACGUGACAACGCUCAACCCGAGCAGCACGACAGACUCGUAUCCGGCAUUCAGGAGGGCAACAAAGAGACGGAGAACGAGGCCCCAGAGAGGGCGGCUUCCGAAUCGGGACCCACGAUGACACCUUUCGGUUAUGAGCUGAUGCUGCCAUCCCAACAAAACACCACGCCAUCAACCCCGACGGGCAACGCACAACCCGGUGCAGACACUCUCCCACGACCUCAGAUGCCAGAGGAACUCCAGAGCCUGUAUCGCAAUUGCCGGCGAACGCUAGAAGACGACUUCUCCCGGCAGCCACCGUACACGGUCCAGCGCCUCGCAGAGAUGAUCCUCCGGCCUCACCAAUACUAUCGUCACCUCCCCGCCUAUCUCCGCGCACUGGAUCGCGUCGUCUCCGUCAGCUCCUCCAGUGCCGAGUUCCCUCUACCCGCCCACAUCCUCCCUUCGUCCUCGGGCUUCUUGACGAACGGGGAGGUCCCGCCCAUCAUGAACGGCACCCUCGCGGAGCGCGAAGGUCUCGGCAGCGACGAGAGCCUCGGCGGCGCGCUCCUGACCCCGAUCCCCUGGCUCCAACGCCACCCGUCCGGGGACACGCUCAACCCCCUCUGGCACGGCGACGCCGACGCCCGCGAGUCCGACGAGACGCCCAACGGCGCGGACACCACGUCCUCCCCCGACGACCAACAAUUCACGCCCCCGUCCUCGCCCGUCUCCGCCCAGGCCGCCGCCGACCACGCCCUGCGCGAGCAAGGCGGCGUCACCCAAGGCGAGCUCCUCCGGCAGGAGCAACAAGCCGGCAUCGUCCCCAUCGCGCAGUCGCAACCCCUGCCCCUCCAACAAGCCGUCCACCGGCCCCUGCUCAGCCACGCGACCGCCGUGCACGCCUCGGUCGAGAGCGCCUCCGCGACGAGGACGACGACGACGGGCGACCUGGACGAGAUCCCGCACGCCCGCGGCCCGGAGAUCAUCGGCAUGGAGGACACCGGCCCGCAGAGGGCCCCCUCCUCUUCCGCCCCGGGCGACGGCGUGGGGUUAGACAUCGACGCCGCGGUCGGCAGGGCGAGGAGCCGCUCGCCCGCCGCCGCGCCCGCGCCGCAGCCGGAGAAGAAGAAGGGGGAGGAUGGGGAGGAGGGGAAGGCUCCCGCGGACCCGCGCCCGGAUGAGGUCAUGGGCGAGGGGGCCGCGGACGGCGCGACAGGGAGUGCGGAGGAGGAUGGUGGUGGAGGCGGUGGUGGCCAGGCGGCGGCGGCGGCGGAGGUGAAGAAGGAUGCGGAUGGGGAUACGCCGAUCGCGGAUGCCGACGAUGGAGGAGGAGGAGAGGAGAAGGGGGAGGGGAAGGAGGCUACUGCUGCUGCUGCUGCCGCCGCCGCCACCGCCGCUUCCGCCGAGACUGCUACAGAGUAA